GAAUCGUAAAGGUCAUCGUGGAACACCACUGCGGCCGCCGCUCUUGCCCUUCCGGCUACCAAACCCUAGCGAGAGCUCCGUCGAGCUUCGGACCAUUUUCCCACGACGGCCUCGAGGCGCUGAUCCACAAGCCCACGAGGAGCAGCGCGAUGCCGCCAGGGGGAGUAGAAGCAAGCAAGCGUGGCCGCACGGGGAAGGAGCAGAGCCACCCGCCGGCGAUCCGGCGCCGCGACGAGUCCCGUCCCGCGCCGCCGUUCCCCGCCAUGGAUUCUCAGAAGCAGAGGAAGAAAAGGAAGCAGAGGCAGCCGGCGUCGGAGGUGGUGAGCAUCCCCGAGGGCCCCCUCGUCGAGAUCCUGUCACGGCUGCCCUACCGCUCGCUCUGCCGCUUCAAGUGCGUCUCCAAGCAGUGGCGCCAGCUCUGCUCCGACCCCGAAAUCAUCAAGAGGGCGCCGCAGACCCUCGCCGGAUUCUUCCACAACCACCUGGUCGGCCACCUCUGCUUUGACAACCUGUCCGGCGGACGCCCGCUGGUCGACGCUUCGCUCCCUUUCCUCCGUGAGAGCUACCGGAAAAUCAAGCUCGAGCAAUGCUCCACCAGCCUCCUCCUCUGCAAAUGCUGGGAAUCGGAAUCCGAUGACGAGUUCGAUUUCGUCGUGUGCAAUCCGAUGACCGAGCAGUGGACCGUGCUGCCUCCUAUAGAAUGGCCGGGCGAAGAAGACGAGGACGACGGCGACCCCGAAUGUUUCGAGCUGAGGUAUCCCUUCCUGGUUUUCGACCCGGCCGUCCCGUCUCGUUUCGUGGUGUUUGCGCCGCUCAUCGAGACGGACGAUGUUCUCGCGAUAUACUCAUGGGAAACCGGACAAUGGACCCCGAGCAGCGGGUGGGAAAACGAAGAGUUUCGUGCCGUCGUUCCGGAAUGCGCCGUCUUCAUGAAUGGCAUGAUGCAUUUCCUGCAUUUUUUUAUCGUCGAGCCAUUGAUAGCCGUACUGGACAUUGAGGGGGAGCUUUGCCGGAAAAUUGCUGCCCCAGAUGGAUUUGUAGGAGCCACACCUGGUUAUGCUUCGGUGGGGUGCUCUCAUGGACUCCUCCAUGCUUGGUAUAUGGAUCCUCGUUACUACGAGCUCUCUGUGUGGGUGCUCAAGGAUUAUGCUACCGAAGAGUGGACCCUAAAGCAUACCGUCAAUGUUCCGGAACUCUUUGAAGAAACGAAAUCCGACCAAGACGAGGAAUAUUCUGACCAAGAGGAGCAUGGGACCCAUAAGUAUGAUGUGUUUGCAAUUCAUCCGGAACACAAUGUGAUUUUCCUUACUAAUUGGAGGGAGGUGAAUUUGUCGUACGAUAUGGACAGCGGGCAAGUGCAUCCUAUGUGCACUUCUGGAGAUUUCCUCGGCGGUCUACCUUUUAUUCCCUGCUUUGCGGAUUUUGGGGAUUUGGCUCUCCGAUGAUCACUGAAAAGUCGGCGUUUCCGUCAUGUCUUUGGUGGGGCACUAGUUGCCUUUUGUAGAACCCACUCUUCUAGUCCUGUGGCACUGGUUUGGAUAUGUCUUCCUAGCAUUCCAAAUUAUGCUCUGCGGGCGCCGCCGUUUUGUGGCGUCAAACAAUGUUGGUUAAUGGUAGAGAUUUUGAAAGUGACAAGAGAUCCAAUGGGUAAUGCUUAAUUAGGUGUAUGUAUUACUUAGUCACCUAAAUAUAUUUGCUUUUAUGCUGCA